AUGGGCGGCGGCGAUCUAAACCUGAAGAAGUCCUUUCAUCCUGGUCUGAUGAAGAAUCAGACCAGGGUGUGGGAAGAGGAAGUGAAGGCAUUGGCCGAGAAGAAAAAGACAGAUCAGCGAUUAAAAGAGAUUCAGGAGGAACGACAGAAGGAGCAGCUGCAGCACGAACUCGAAGCCGCCGGCGGCAAAAGGCGGCUCGACCGUGUCGAUUGGAUGUACCAGGGUCCAAGCGAUGGCAUCGGCACGAGCGAAGAGCUGGAGGGCUUCCUGCUUGGCAAGCGCCGCAUCGACAACAUCCUCAAGGGCACCGACCAUCAGAAACUCGAGAAGCAAGCUGGCCAGGAUAGUUUCAUGGCCCUGCAAAACGCCAACACCGAUCGAGACACAGCCGUCAAGAUCAGGGAAGAUCCCUUACUGGCCAUGAAGAGGAAGGAGCAAGAGCAUUAUGCAGCCAUGAUGAAAGACCCUGCCCGCCAGCGACAGCUCAAGGCUUUGAUGGGAAAGUCGGACGAAGCAUCGUCAAGGAAAGAGGACAAAUCUGAGAGGCGACACCGCCACAGACACCGAUCACGGUCGAGAGAUCGCGACCAACGUCACCGCCGUCACCACCGGUCAGAUUCCAGGGAAAGGAACCAAGACGGAGAUGGAGAACGCCGCCGCCGCCACCGUCGCUCGGAAUCUGGGGGCAGAUCUCCGCGCUCGAGAAGCCCGCGCCGUUCUAGAACAGAAGAGGAUCGACACCGAAGCAAGCGUGAUCGCUCGGAAGACACCCCGUCUAAUCGGCGCAGAAGGCACGACGAAGAUGGCGAGGACCGCAGAGAGAGCCGCGACUAUCGAAGAAGCAGGCGUGAUGAUUCCCGCGACCGGGACGGUGGAGACGAUCGAAACAAGCCGCGCGACCUUGAUCGUCGGGACCGAGAUGAUCGUAGUGGAUACGACAGGCGGCCUCGAAGCCAGUAUCGCAACAAUGGACGAUCGAAUGGCGAUUCGUACAGAAAUGGCGGGUCUAGUGGGAACGACAACGCGUCGGCAGAGGAAGAGCGCGCGCGAAAGCUUGCGGCAAUGCAAGCAGACGCAUCAGAACUAGACAAAGAUAGAGUGCAACGGUUAGCCGCACUUGAGGAACGUGAUCGUUUAGAGCGUGAGAGAGACAAUCAGGCUCGAGCACGCAAAGGGAAAUAUGGCGAUCAGGAGUUCGUCAGUGGGCUACGGAAACAAGCCCUGAACCUUUGA